AUGCAUACCCUCAUGGCCUCUCGCACGAUUCUCCUCUCCAGGCUUGCAAAACACUCCUUCGCAGAUCCCGACCGGCCGGACCUGCACUACCACCUGUUCACGCCCCCCACGCAGCUCUCGUCCGAAUACCCCGUCUUCGCGCUCUCCUUCCUGCCGACGCCUCCCCCGUCCAUCCUCUCGUCCUCAGUCAUCGGAUGGCUGCCCGCGAGUGGCGAAGGAGAGGGUGCGGGCCUGAACGACUUCGUGGAGAACGAACGCUUCCUCGCGGUCCUGCACGAAGCGAUACAGUCCGCGCUGCGCGACGGCGUGGACGAGGUGCAGAAGGCCGGCGCGACGCAGACGCACGCGGGCUGGAUGCACAUCCAUGGUGCGUUUUACGGCCGCAACGUCCCUGCCCUCCAGCGCGUCGGCGACCCGGACGACAUCAUCGCGUCCGUGCGCGUGGAAGACGGAGAGAUCCUCGCGGAGACGUACCAGCCCAUGCCCGCGUACCGGCUGUGUACGUCGGACGGCGUCCUGCAGCUGACUGAAGGUCUUGCGGCGAGACUUCUCGAGGUUCUCGAGGCGCGAGUGAAGCAGGAGCAUGGGCAGGGGCAAAGGUGA